UUUAAAUUUGCGGAAUCAUCAUUAUGUCCUCUAAAGAGAAAUAUCCAAUUGAAAAAGUAUCCUUUGAAUGGGUAGAAGAAUGCAAUGAUAGGAAAGAAAUCAAGAAAGCUUAUGAAGCUAUCAAAGAUGAGGGUGGCUAUUACGACCUCGAGAUGUCCCUCAAGAACAAGUUAGCUAAACUAGACCCUUCCUUUAGGAGAAGAAUCAAUGAAAAGCCUAUGUCAAAAGAAGAAAAGGAGAAUAUAGCAAAUGACCUUGACGCCUUUCUACAUUCUGCAAACACCGAUGACCAGUCUUUGUUAGGGAAGAACGCCCAAAACAUUUUCGAGAAUCCAAAAGAAGAAGCAGCUAAAAGAAUAGGUAAAAGAAAGCAGGCUGAGAAUGAACGAAUGAAAGGAAAUGACUUCAUGGGUUCAAAGGAAUACGACAAAGCUAUUGAAAGCUAUGAUAAGUCCAUUAGUCUUGAUGCAAAUGAACCCAGUACCUAUUCCAACAGAUCUUUGGCUUAUUUAAAGAAGAAAAUGUUUUCUAAAGCUAUCGAGGAUGCCAACAAGGCUCUUGAACUAGAUCCAGAUUACAUCAAAGCGUACUUUAGAAGAGGCAAAGCAUAUGAAGGGCUUACCAAUUUUGAGGCAGCUAUCAAGGACUACGAAUACAUCCAUGAGAAGGAACCCAAGAACAAAAAGAUAAAGAAAGAACUACUCUCAUUAAGGAGUGCUUAUAAAGAGCACUCUGAUAAGAAAACGACUAAAAAAUUCCAGAAAAUUAAGAUAGUUGAGGAAGAAAGCAGUACUAAGAUCGAAGAGAUUACUGAGAAAAAGCCAGCCCCAGUUUCUUCACAACCAAAGAGUGAAGAACCUGUGAUCCAAGAUGAGGCCAAGGAGGAGAAGCCAGUUGUUCAAGAGGAGACUAAGGUUGUCGAGCCUAAGACAGAGCCUAAAGUAGAACCAGUAGUGCAAGAAGAGACUAAGACCGAGCCAAAACCAUCAAAAGAUGAAAGCAAAUUCGUAAAAGUUGCUAUUGAGGAAGAAUCCUCUGAGGAUGAGGAAGAACUCCAAGAAGCUCAAAAGUCAGAUGUGAAGGAACAGAUAUCUAAAAAUGCAAAGAAUCUCUUAGCAACUGAGAAAUUCUCUGAAGAUUUUGAGGAAAGCCUCGAAGCAGAUGCUAAGGCUGAAUUUGAAGCUGAGCAGAACAAGAAAGAGGAGAAGCCACAAUCCACUAAGAAAGAACAACUAGAAGAAACAAAGGGUGAGGAAGAUCAUGUAGAAGAGAUCAAAGAGCCAGAGAUUACAGAGGAAGAGAAGCUAGAGCUUGAACUAUUAGAAAGAAUCGAUGAUGAGCUUGCAGAGUAUAAAAAUAGAGCUAAAGAAGAGCAUUCAAAAGGAAUGUUUGAUAUAGCUAUUUCUAUCUAUGAGGAAGCUCUAGUUUUCUUAGACUCACAAGAGAGCCAAUUUAAAUACCAAAUCAGUGCUCUCAUUGCUAAGAAAUGUGCACUUUGGAACAACAUUGCUGCUUGCUAUAAGCAAUAUCAGAAUGAUGACAAAGAGAUAGAAUAUUCGAGUCUGGUCAUUGCAAAUGCAGAACAUCUGAAAUCUGAUCCGAAUAUUCUCUAUAAAGCCUAUUACAGAAGAGGUUGUGCAUAUGAUAAAGCUGAGAAGUACCAAAAAGCUAAGAUAGAUAUCCAAUAUUGAAGGGAGAAGCGUCCAUUUGAUACUGAAAUCUCCAAGAGAAUGAACCACAUCAAUGAGGCUCUGAAACACGCUGAAGAAGAGAAAAAGACUAGAAGUAUGAUGUCAAGUAGCAAGCUUAGAUCUACGCUAGAAGAGAUCAAGACAGAAGGAAAUAAAGCAUUUUCAUCUCAGAAACUUGAUGAGGCCAUUGAGUCCUUCACCAAAGGAAUAGAGGUAUAUAAGGACAAUCAGGAGGUAGUUAAGCUAGAGAAAUGCACAGAUCUCACUAAAAUUGCGAUAAGCUUAUUCACAAACAGAGCUCUUUGUUACUCUAAACAAAGAAGAGACGCAAAUGUCAUUGCAGAUACCACCUAUGUGAUUGAAAAUUUAAGCAGAAAGAAUGUCAAGGCUUAUUACAGAAGAGCUCUGGCUUAUAAGAACUUUGGACAGUACAAGGAUUCACUUUCAGAUUUAAAUAAGAUUCUAGAAUUUGAAAGUAACAAUAAGGAUGCAAGGAAAGAGCAAAAAGUUGUCAAAGAGCUUUAUGAGAAGGAACUCAAGAAACAGAUGGAGAAGCAGAUGAAGAAACAAAUGGGAGAAAUGGAGGGAAAGAAAAAGAAAGAAGAAAAGAAAGCAACAUCAAAGACUAAAGUAGAGGAAGUAAAAUCAACCGGUGUAAAAGUGAAAGAGAUCUCUCCUGAAGAAGCUCAAGCAGCUAAAUCUAAAACUUCUGAACCUGUUCAGCCAAAGAAGAAGGUUAAGAUUGAUGAUGAAGUUAUCAACAAAGCUGCAGAGUUAGCUUCAAAGACUAUUGGAAAAGACAAAGUUAGAAUUCCAAAUACUACAUAUGGAUUUGAAUCUGACUUGAAUUCUUUAAAGAAGGAUCCUGAGAAUCUGUACAACUAUAUUUCUCAGAUUCCUCCUUCUGUAUUCUCAAAGUUAUACAAAGAUUGUGAUAUCAACCCAGAUUAUUUGGUGCUAAUCCUCAAUAGUGUGACUACUUAUGAGAAGAAUGCAGACAAGAUCCUGGAAUUAUUGUACAACUUCUCCAAGACAUCUAAUUUCUCAAUGACUGUGAUGUUCUUCACAGAUGAAGAUAGGUCCUUGUACUCAGAACUUGUGACUAAGGCUGAAGAAGCAACAAUUAGCUCAGCCUCUGAAAUGUUAGCAGCAGUAAAAGCGGUACUUGAGUAGAGAAUAUGACUAAAUAAUUUCAA